AUGGGGAGUGGAGAUCGCCUCGCCAUGCCGCGCUUCUUUCGCGAGACCACAAGGGAGCAUCAAACACCUGAAAUAUCUGCAUCUCCCUCUUCUUCAACCUCUUCGCCGCCAUCAUCACCCAGUGAGGGCGAGGUAGAGCACUCAAUGGUUGAGGAGCUUCAACGACGUAAGGCAGCAUUCUUAGCGCACUUCAAAAGCAAUAGUGCACCGAUCUCGAGUGGUGAUGAUGGCGCAAAGACAACUCCGUCAGAAUCCUGUAGCACACGCUCGCUGGAUAGCUGGAUGGGCCCGCAUAGUGCAGACCAUAAAUGUCAUGUGUGCAAUACUCCACUUCGACUCUUACGGCUUCGACACCGAUGUCGGAAUUGCGGAGAGGCAGUGUGCGGCGUGCAUAGCAAGAAUCAAGUGCCCCUACCUCAUUUAGGCAUCAUGAAAGAGUUAGUGCAACGUCGCGCUGGUUAUCGUAGUCCUAGGAGGCUGGGACAGAAUUCGAAUCCAAGUUUUCUCGGCGAUCGAGAGAGCGAUUCAGAAAUGUCACCCGUGGCCAGAGAGAAGAUGGUGGCGGCUCAGUCACUUCCAUCAGCAGAGAAGGAAACGAUGAUUUUGUCGGAUGGUGCUACAAAUGUCAUUGAUUCAAUGGAUAAUCGAGGAAGUUUUCACUUGAAUUCUCUUGGUGGUGGAUUGACGAGUAAUAGUGCCAAUGCAAUGCCUGGUAUCUUGUACAGCUGCUUGUUAGAAGAACAGGACAAUAAAAUGGACGAGAUUUUGUACCUUGGAACAUUUACUAUGGGUGGACGAUCCCUUGCAAGCCGUCGUAUGAGUGCAAAUGUGGCGUUGUGGAAAUGGCGGAUUUUUAUGCUGACGACGGCAGAGAUGCUGUGUUUCAAGGCGACAGGGUCGAUUCCGGACGAUGAUUCGACUUUUAUGUCGGCCAUGGCGCUAGGUGAAGUGCGGUCGACUGUUCAUCUGUCGGAUAUCUUGCAUAUUGAAGUAAAUGACCAAUUUCCGCGUAUUCUUACUGUUAUCCGCUCCGAUGGUCGAGUGUUUCGUGUGCGAGCGCGUACACCAGAGCAGUGUACGGAAAUUGCUACCACUCUACGUAUAGCCAUGCAACACUUUCAAGACGCGCUUUUUAAGCUGCAACGUGGUCCACGACCUGAAGAUAAUGCGAUCAGUUGUGUAACUGUCCAGCACGAAUCAUCUUUACCUGAGUGUGUCGUUGCGAGCAAUCCAGCUGUCAGAGAAGUGAUCGAAGUGGAGAUGUAUCCGUCGAGCAUUCUUCGAUUUUACGUAUGUGGUCCGUCAGCUAGUGGCACGGCACAGUUUUCGCGCGAGAUGUUGACCAGUGGCUCAAAGGAAGGCUCGCCCAUCACGGUUGAGGCUGAACCAUUGGAAAAUGGACCUCGAGACGACAAUAUACUUCAUGUAGCAGUUCGAGUGGAGAAGACUCGCGGUCGAUUGGAAGUUGCUGAAGAGAAUCGACGUUUCUGGGGUCUGACCUCUUUUCUGGCAGCUGUAGCCGCAGUGAUGAAUUCGAUGGAUAAAGGCUCGUUUGAAUUGUUGGCCUGGCUGAUGGCUCUUGUACUCUUCCUCACCCGAUUCCACGAGCAGAUAAGCGUUUCACUUGCUACUAGAAGAAUAUCAUGGGCGCAUCAGUUACAAAUUCAGUGUGUCAGCAUCACAGUGGGCAAAAGUGAAGGGUCGUUGGAGGAGAUAAAUGAUGACGAAGAUGGUAAUGAUUUUGAGCUGGACAGUCGCUUUGUUGCAGGGUGUGAAGGCGAUCUGGAUGAAGCAAAGGAGCGUUACACAGCAACAUUGAAAUGGCGGAAAUUAAACGACAUCGAUACAAUAUUGCUGCGCCCGUCUCAUGCGUUUACACAUAUGAAGGAGUGUUUCACCCAUUUCACACACAAGAAAGAUCGACUGGGCCAUCCCAUUUCGUUUGAAUUCUUAGGCGGCCAACGAAAAGCCCUUCAUGACUUUACAGCUCGUGGGGUUACGGAAGACGAAGCGAUUAUGCAUCAUGUGCGAAUGAUGGAAUUUAUGUGGAAAGUAAUUGACCCGCGACCAUUUCCAGAAGGCAACAUGUUAAAAAUUUAUGAUAUCAAGGGCAUUUCCAUGGCGGAUUUGUCGAGUGAUGUGGUAAAUUAUACGAAAAGAUGGGGCGAGACAGUCGCCAGAUAUAAUCCUGAGCGGGUGUACCAGGUUUUCAUUAUCAAUCCGCCUUCUUGGUUCAACCUCAUUUGGAAAUUGGUUUCGCCUCUGGUCAAUCCUAAAACACGUGAACGAAUUCACGUGCUUCGUGGCAACAAGGACAUUACCAAAGCUUUGCUGGAAUUUGUUGCACCGGAGAAUCUUCCUAAGGAGUACGGUGGAGAGUGUCAAUGCGAAGGCGGAUGCUUUACACAUUCUCCUGAAGAAGUUGAUAUUCGCGAGUGGACCGAAUUUGUUAAUGCAAAUUAUCAUGGUGACGUUAAUGACCCAAUCCUCGUCGAUGCAUUUAAAAAACUAUGCGAAAAGUAUUACAAACAAUUGCCACCCCCAAGCUCCGGCGCCGAUGCUGCUUCUGGAACAACGCUGCAAAUUUAA